AUGGAUGACCCUCUCCCCAUCCCUGGAACUGUCCAGCAGGUGGAUGUUGACCACAAUCUGAGCCUGAGGCACAAUAAAGAGCAACAAGAUAUCGUCCUGAUUCCUCGCCCGAGCUCUCAUCCAGAUGACCCUCUAAAUUGGUCCCGCUGCCGCAAGUCUUUGAGCAGCACCUGCCAAAUGGCCUGGUGUUUCUUCGCCGCCGCUCUAAUCAGCGGCCUGUCGUCCUCCUACCUCCUUAUCUCGGAAGACACGGGUAUUUCCGUGGCAGACCUCAGCACAGGAAAUGGCCUGAUGUAUCUCUUCAUGGGGUGGGGUACCCUGUUAACCCAAAACCUAGCGCAGGACUUUGGUCGUCGGCCAGUAUUUCUAGUUGGCAUGCUGGGGGCAUCGCUGAUACAGAUUUGGUCUGCUUAUAUAACGUCGGUAGGCGAAUGGUAUGCCAAUAGAAUUCUUCUUGGCAUUUUUGUUUCGCCCCAAGAAGCCUUGAUCGAGCUUUGUAUUGCUGAUAUCCACUUUGCUCACGAUCGCGGCUUCCACAUGGGUAUUUAUAACUGGACUUUAUGGUGCGGUGCUUUCUUGUCGCCUAUCGCUGGUGGAUUCGUUGCCGAGAGAUUCGGUUGGAGAUGGAUCCAGUACAUCCUGGCCAUUAUUUGCCUUUGCUUCACAGUUGGAACAUUCUUCACCUUUGAAGAGACCAUGUUCUUCCGCAAAACGCUAGCACGCUUGAGUCCUCGCAUACCUCCGAACGAGAAGAUGGGCAGCGAAUCCAAAGAGCCAGAGAGCUCCAGUAUUCCUCCCGCCGCUGCUGAAGAAAUCUAUGAAGUCAGAACAUACAUCCAGAAACUGAAAUUGUGGGGAUUCAGAGACCCUUCCCAGCCAUUCAACUUCUUUCGGUCGAUAACACUGUCUUUCCGACUUCUGUGCUUCCCGACAAUUAUCUUUUCCGGUCUUCUAGUUGGAAGUAUCUUGGCCUGGUACAAUGUUUUGGGUGGCUCCUUGGCGGAGGUUCUGGGAGGGGCGCCGUAUAACUUUAGCACUGAGGCGAUCGGUCUUACCUACUUCGCAAGUGUGAUAGGAGUGUCGAUUGGGUGCUACUUCAGCGGCUGGCUCAGCGAUAUUCUUGCGAUCAGGCUCGCUAGAAGAAGACACGGUAUCAAGGAGCCCGAGGACCGCCUCUGGAUGUUCUUGAUUCCUAUCCUCGCCCAUCCUCUGGGGUGCCUUCUUUAUGGUGUUGGAGCCAGCCACCACAUUCCAUGGAUUGGAGUUGUCAUCGGAAUCGCAUUCAUCUGCGUGACUUUGCCAAUGGGAUCUGGCCUAGCCAUCACCUACAUUAUUGACAGUCAGAAGGAAUUGGCGGGAGAGUCAAUUGUGACUGUUAUCCUGAUCCGGAACACAAUCGGUUUUGCAUUCGCGUAUGCAGUAAAUCCCAUGAUCACGAACAUGGGGCUGCAGAAUACAUUUAUUCUGAUAGCAGUGCUGGGGGUGGUUUUCUGGAGUGGGUGUUUGCUGUGGAUCAAAAUUGGAAAAGCGGCUCGAACGUCUAUUGCCAAACCCUACUGGAACUUGGUUGAAAGACAUGGACUUGCCGCCCACUGA